GCAGCGGCGGCAGCAGCAGCACUGAAGGAGCGUGCGAGGCAGAAAGUGUAGGCCGGGAGGCGGGCGAACGGUCGGUCGACGGACGGGACGGGGCGAAAAUCCAGGCAGGGAAAGGUCGCGCCCGGAGGCGGCGAGAAACAAGAGGCAGAGAAAAGAAGCGGCUACAUUUGACGAGAGACGCGCCUUACCCGAGCCUGGCUGCUUAGGAAAGAGACGACGCCACGCCAGCUCCCGCCAUGGCCGAGACGAAGGACACACAUGAGGAACAUGACUUGGCACCUGACAACGUAGAUGAUUCUAACCAUGACCCUCAGUUUGAGCCCAUAGUUUCUCUUCCUGAGCAAGAGAUCAAAACUCUUGAAGAAGAUGAGGAAGAACUCUUUAAGAUGCGAGCAAAACUCUUCCGGUUUGCAUCAGAAAACGAUCUUCCUGAAUGGAAAGAACGAGGCACUGGUGAUGUAAAGCUUCUGAAGCACAAAGAGAAGGGGACCAUUCGUCUCUUGAUGAGGAGAGAUAAAACCCUAAAAAUCUGUGCAAAUCAUUACAUUACACCUUUAAUGGAGCUGAAGCCCAAUGCAGGAAGUGACAGGGCAUGGGUGUGGAAUACACAUGCUGAUUUUGCAGAUGAGAGUCCUAAGCCAGAACUUCUGGCAAUUCGGUUUUUAAAUGCAGAAAAUGCACAGAAAUUCAAGGCAAAAUUUGAAGAAUGUAGGGAUGAAGUUGAUAAGGGAAAGAAAGGAACAGAAAAAAAUGAUAGUGCUGAUAAAGUUGCCGAGAAACUAGAAGAACUUUCUGUAAAGGAGGAGAUCAAAGAAUCUGAGAAAGAAGUCAAGGAGAAAACUGAAGAAAAGCAAUAAAUAAUCUUGGGCCUUGUGUUCUAUUUUUUUUCUUAAUUUUUUUAAUUUUUACAAGGGACUUUAUAAAGAACUGUAUUACAACAUUCACUUUUUUUUCUAACUUUUUGCCCUUUUUGAAGAGAUCUUCAGAAAAAAUCCAUUCCCCAGUCAUGAAAAUGUACUGUGCUAAACUUUCUUUUCCAUAGUGGAAACACUUAUUUAUAGUCAUCCAAGAGAGUGAAUAAAAGUUUGAAAAUGGUGUCAAAGGACGGAAUGAAUUUUCUGUAUGCUUCAGAUGUGUGGCUGCAAUUAUUACCUUGGGUUAUAUUUUUCAGUGCAUAUCUUUAGAUGAGAUGUAGUAUAACUGAAUUAUACCAGUAGAAAAAGUGCAGGUAAUAAGGAUGUUUCUCAUAUACUGUGA